AUGGAUGACGGGGGACAGGACAACUCGUUGAUUCUCGAAGACGGGUUGUCCGCCAGCCGUUGUGUGCUUAGUGUCGACAAUGCAUUGUGCUUUGUACAGGUGCUACCCGUGCUAGUACACGUGGACUGGUUUGACUCGCUCAAGAAGACUGGCAGUGUCGAUAUUCACCACGCAAAAGCAGUCGUCUUUGGGUUGAGUGCGAUUUCCCGCCCCUUCUUCUGUCGUCUCCUCCCCCCCGUUGGUUUUGUCCUUUCUCGUUUCCUCAUCUCCAUCCAAACGCCCAUCAAGUCGUCUCCUUGCAUCAGCAUUUGCUUCGGCUUCUGGCCUUCGGUCGCCUUCAGUGACCUCGAAUCCGUCGGAAACGUAGAAACAAGUCCAACCGACGACGCAAUCGUCCAUCGCUCGACGCGUACGCAUAAGGCAAAAAGUCCAUCCGCUUCCACUACCAUGCAGUACCGGUCCAUUGCCUCCCUCGCCGUCGUGGCCCUCGCGGCCCAGGCCACCGCCCAGCAGACCAGGAUCUUCACCAGGGCCAACCAGUCCCUCCGCGAUCUGGGCGUCUUCCGCCGCCAGGACGACGGGUACCAGCCCGAGGAUGAGGUUUGCUCCGGAGCGGGCAACACCUGCGCUGAGGCCUGCGGUGCGGGAUACGAGCAGUGCUCUUCCUCCGACUCGGCCAUCCACUGCUUCAACCCUGCUGAUGAGGAGUCUUGCUGCUCGACUGGCAGUGGCAGUAAGUUGGCUCUCUCUCGAUUCCCCUCCCUCCUCUCUCUCUCUCUCAUGUCUGGGACAUCAUCCUCAUCCCUGGCGCGUCCUAUUUUUGUAAGCAUGACUAACACUGGCUUUCUACUCGCUUCUCAAGGUUCCUGCUUGGCCGCAUUUUUCUGCACAUGCGACUCGGACUUGGAGACGUGGUGCUGCCCUGAGGGCCAGGAUCUGGAGCAGUGCGCAUCCGACUUCGGCGUUGUUGGCGGGCUGACCCUGGACGCGUCUCUCGAGCCGGUCGUUGCCGCCGAGGAGGUUCAGUCGUCGUCUUCCUCCCAGGUUCCGGAGUCCACCUCCGAGGUUGUUGUUGUUGUGCCCAGCUCCAGCGCCAUCGCCGAAGAGACUUCGUCGUACGUCCCGCCCACCAGCUCCAUCGUCCCGACCAGCAGCAUCGCCUGGUAUGCCAACUCCACGACGUCGGCCUAUCACAUUCCCUCGGUUACCGCCCGCCCCGAUGACGAGGAGGACGUCGAGGAGGAUGACGUUGAGGAGGAGGAGGAGGAGGAUGUGGUCGAUGGGCCCGAGACCGAACCCACGGCCAGCCCGCCGACCAUUCCAGAGGGCGCCGCCGACUCUGUCCAUAGCUCCGCCAGCCUUGCCCUCGUUGCCGGCAUCGCCUUCGCUGCCCUUCUGCUCUGA